AUGGUGUUCCUAGUUGCAAAGAGCAGCAGAAACAGAUUCAGUCCACGCAACCCAUUCACUGGUGCUGUCUACCUCACAAUCUUCUGUAUUAUGUUUGUCUUGUACAUGAUCUAUCCUUCAAACUUGAUAACUCAACGUGUUGAGUCGUUACAUCUGCACGUCAACCAUGCCGGCAACAUAUCCCAGCGGCCAUCACUCGACUGUUUCCUCGAUCAGAAUCGUCUCCAAUCCUUGCAGCAGCUUUACAAACUGGGAGAUAAUAUCGAGUACGCCCGCCGAUACGUCCGUUUUCAUCGCCAGAAUAUCCCGCGGACAGUGGUCACAAUAAUCAACAAUGAGCUGUUCCCUAAGGGAUUCGAUGAGGUCGAUAUCCGUAAUCCUCCGCCUGCCACAAUAUGUCUGCAGCCGCUCGACGUGCUUGUCCCACAGUCUCGCGGCCCACACAGCGUCGAUGCAUCGGAUCUCCUUUUCGGCAUCUCAACGACAUACAAACGGUUGAUGGACCCGAAGGCGAGCCCGGUCAAGCAGUGGGCGCACUGGUUGACUGAUGGGCAGGAGAAGUCUAAUGGCGCUGGGCUGAUUCUCCGUCUUGUGGAUGCAUCUACCGAGGAAAUUGAGGAGGUUAAAGAUAACAUGAAGUCGAUAGGCAUCGAUAUCAAAGUUUCCGCAGCAGACAGCUCCGUCGAGAUGGCAAAACGAUAUCUUGCCCUUUUGCCAGCCCUAUAUAACGAAACCUCGCGGAGACACCGCAGAUAUCUUGCUAUGUGUGACGACGAUACCUUCUUUCCUUCCAUGGGCUCUCUCCUCGAACGACUCUCGGAGUUCGAUCACACGAGCGACCUGUACCUGGGCACGCUCUCUGAAGAUGUAAACAAUAUACAGCGCCAUGGAUCUCAGGCGUUUGGCGGUGCGGGUGUUUUCUUCUCUGUGCCUCUCGCGGCAAAGGUUGCCGAUGCUUACGAAAACUGCAGUACCGCAGAAAAGAUCAAGCAGGCAAACACCGGAUGGGGCCCUCAAGGGGAUAUUUUGCUUAGGCAAUGCAUCUAUGAACAUACCGAGGCGACUCUCACCCUGAUCCGGGAUCUCCACCAGCUGGAUAUUAUGGGUGAUCCAGCGGGGUUCUAUGAGGCUGGCCUCGCCCCGCUAUCACUACAUCACUUCAAAGGAGGGAUGUGGCAUGAAGCCCAUCCAUUAGAAGGAGCACAGAUCAUCCAUACAUGCGGCGAAGCUUGCUUCUUGCAGCGGUUUCAAACGAGCGACAACUUUAUUGUCUCCAACGGCUUCUCAGUAGCAUAUUACCCGAAAGGCAUCGAUUUCAAUCUUCACCAAGUCGAAAGAACGUUUACUGCUGCUCCACAGGACUAUGGGUGGAAUCUGGACUUUAUGAUGGGGCCGCAAAGGAUGAGCCUGGUUCGCACAGGUCGAAAAGUUGCGUGGGAGCUGAAAGAGUCGGAAAUACUGGAUGAUAGGGCCGUACGACAAACCUACAUUCGAAUGGCAGAUGAUCAACGAUGGACGUACGGGGCAGAGGGGAACAAGAUGUUUGAGAAAGAUGGGGUUUUAGAGUUGAUCUGGAUCUCGUCUUGA